AUCAAUCUAAUUGCAAUCGGAGCAAGAAGAGCAACAAUACUACUAGUGCGUAACCGAUACGAUCCGACCCGACUUUUAUACUCGUGCAGAUUACGUCGCGGGCGGAGAAUUUGUUGGUGACGUCGCCGUCUAGGGCGUUGAGCAAACAAACGUAAAAAAGCGAAACGUGUAAACGUCGUAGAAACCGAUAAAGCAGACGAAAGAAAACGAAUCAAAUACGCAGCAGAUACAAUAGAGCGGGAGACGAGAGAGAGAGAGAGAGCGAGUGGGCAGGCAACAGCUAAAGAAGCAACAAGAUUUGUUUAAAUCUAUUCAUUUUUGGCAGUAUUUCGCAAAUUGUGUGCUUUACUAAAGUGUAUAGUGUUUUUGUGCCGUGUGCGUGCUGUGGCGUGGAUUCCACAUAGAGUUUUGUAGAGUGCAACCCCAGUUUGAAAUUGAAUCGGUAAAUGCAGCGCCGCAAAAAUGUGCAGCCUAACUUUGAACAACGUUGUGAAUGUGACGCAGCAGGAUUUACACGACCUACUAGAGGUUUUCGAAAAGAAAUCCUUCGAGGCGGCGUCCUUUGAGGAAGGCUCAGCGGAGUACGAGAUCUCCAAGAAAUGCGAAUACCUGUUCAAACUCGACUACAGCCUCAUUGAGCUGGACAACUCGAAUGGCCUGCUCAGCCCGCGCUACCCUGGAAGGAUACUCAUACCCGAGUCAGAGCAUGGACACAUGGCCAAGACCCUGAUACCGGGCAAUGGAUUGUUCAGUGCAGGAGGCGGCUCCUCAGGGACAACGGCCACGACAACGCCACUCAACAGCAGUGCCGGCAGCAACUGCAGCGACGGUGUGGGCAUCCAAGCAUUUGUCACCUUUGCCAAUCCCCUGCAGACCCCGGUCCCGCCGCAGCCUCAACCACAACUGCAGCCCCAGCAGCCUCCAUCGACACAGUCCGCGCAGCAAAACACCAUCUACGAGGACCAGUACGAUAUACAGCGUAUGAGGGAACUGGUCACGAUGGCCAAGUACGCGCGGUGCCGUCAAAGAUUCGCCGUUCCCGUGAUCAUGUACCGGGGCAAAUACAUUUGCCGGUCGGCAACGCUGUCGGUGAUGCCGGAGACGUACGGCCGCAAGGUGGUGGACUAUGCCUACGACUGCCUCAGCGGAAACUAUGCGACACCCAACGGGGAGGAGAACGACGCCGACUCCACGGACGAGUCGCUGAUCAAUCACAUGAACGACCAGUCGCAGUCGCAGUUCAGCUACGACGAGGUCAUCAAGAGCGACAUCCAGCUGCUGCACACCCUCAAUGUGUCCACAAUAGUGGACCUAAUGGUAGAGAACCGCAAGAUCAAAUACUUUAUGGCCGUAUCCUCCUCGGAGAAGGCUGAUCCCAGCAAUCAUUACAAGAGCUUCAACCUGCUGUCGCUUCCGUAUCCGGGCUGCGAGUUCUUCAAGAAGUUUCGCGACAACAACUACAUGGCCAAGAAUCUGCACUACAACUGGAAGCAGUCGUUCAACGAUGCAAACAUUAAUAUACCCAAUCUGGGGCCCGCCGCCGACAUUGACAUCAUCUGGCCGGAGUACCGGGACUGGGAUCUGGUGUCCAUCACACAGAACUAUCUCCGGGCCACGCUCAAGUACAUACAGGAGGAUAACUCUGGCCUGCUCAUACACUGCAUCAGUGGCUGGGAUCGCACUCCGCUGUUUGUCUCCCUGGUGCGGCUGUCUCUCUGGGCGGAUGGACUCAUCCACCAGUCGAUGAACGCCAUGCAGAUGGCGUACUUCACACUGGCCUACGACUGGUACUUGUUUGGCCACCAGUUGCCGGAUCGCCUCAAGCGGGGCGAGGACAUCAUGUUCUUCUGCUUCCACGUGCUAAAGUUCAUCACGGACGAGGAGUAUAGCAUAGUGGAGCAUCGGAAGCGGACCAAGACCUCGAGCAGCAGCGGGAGCAGUGUCAUAGUCAUCAAGUCCGACUGCUGCGACGAUGAGCCGCUCAAGGAAGACUAUAUCCUGGCCUUCGAUCAAGAUAGCAACGACAGCUAUUCAAACUGUUCCAACUGUGAUAUGUCCAUAACAGAUAACUUCUAUGCCACCACAACGGCCACAUCUGCGCCAGUUAAUCCGCUGACCAGCAGGUCGCCCAAUCCUAAGCGCUCCCGCACUAGCCCGAUAUCGGUUCCCGGCUCGAAUGCGCGGCAGCGUCAGGAGUCCACAUCCUCGAACGGCAGCUGGCAGGUGGUCACCGACACCGGAUCCAUCGACUCCAUGAUGAACGGCAGCUACAUGAUGCGCUUUGUGGCGCAACAGACGGCGGACGCCACCUCGAACAUUCCCAUCUGCAAUGGCGGCAAUGGCUAUCACUGCAGCAACAACUCAACGACAUACAUGGGCAGCGGUAGCGGCAGCGGGAGCAGCAUCAGCAAUGGCAGCAACACAACGCACGGUUUCCCAAACGGUUCCUCCAAAGAUGUGGGUGGCAGCACAACUUCCAGCAAGCAGUGCAUCAACUUACGUAAGCAACGCCUCAAUGCAGUGCGAGCCAUCUUCAUACAAGCGUACGGCAAGACAAUUGGACUGAAAUUCAAAGAGGGCUCCUCCAUGAACCUGGCCACGUUCAUUGGCAAUCUGGCGGACCAGCUAUUCUGAGCUGACAUACCUGACCUUCUACACUCAAUGAAGGGGUAGGCCCACGCCUUCUUCGACCUGUUGCAAUCGAUCUUGUUUAAGUUAGCUUUCUGCCUGUUUUUGUUUCUUGUUAUAGUGAUGCGCUUUUCCACAUUGACUGUAUUUUGUAGACCUGCCUGUUGAAUUGCGUUCUUGCGACUGUUUGUUGAAUAUGUAUGUAAUGGCCUAAUGAUAAGCAUCAAACGAACCUAUGUGUACCCCAUUUCCGUCAGGGAACCAACUCCUAGACAACAUGCAUAGUACAACUCGUUCUCUGACCUAUAAACCCCGGUCCUGUUGAGGCCUUGUCCGCCACUUCGUCCUCGUUAUCCCGCCUGCCGCCUCCAGUUCCAGCUCCAGCUCCCACUCCCGCAUCUCCAUUUUUGUUUGUUUAGUUACUAGUUCAUCGAGCAUGCGAAGCAAACGAUA